AUGGAUAUGAAAUCUGUUUUCUUAACUGCUGUACUUGAAGAAGAAGUGUAUGUUGAGCAGCCUGCUAGUUAUGUCAAAAGGAGUCAAGAAAAUAAAGUUUAUAGGCUGAAGAAGGCAUUAUAUGGAUUGAAACAAGCAACUAGAGCUUCUGAUUCUUAUUUUAUUGGACAUGAAUUUCAGAGAUGUCCAUAUAAGUAUACUUUAUAUAUCAAAUUCAAGCCUGGCGAAGAUAUUCUCAUUGUGUGCUUGUAUGUGGAAGAUUUAAUUUUUACUGGCAAUAAUCCUAAAUUAAUUCCUGAGUUUAGGGAGGCAACGAUUAGCCAGUUUGAGAUGAAUGAUUUGGGUUUAAUGUCUUAUUUUCUUGGCAUUGAGGUAUCUCAAUUAGAUAGUGGAAUAUUUAUCUCUCAGAAAAAAUAUGCUGGUGAUAUUCUGAAGGGAUUUAAUAUGGAUAGAACCAAACCAAUUUUGACCCCUGUUGAAGAAAAAUUGAAGUUGGUUAGAGAUGAGGCAGGUGACUUUGUUGAUGCUACAUAUUUUAGAAAAUUGGUAGGGAGUAUAAGGUACUUGACUUCUACAAGGCCUGAUAUUAAUUAUUUAGUUGGAUUAAUUAGCAGAUUUAUGGAGACUACACGACAAUCCCACUUGCAAGUAGCAAAGAGAAUUUUGAGAUAUAUUCAAGGUGCGCAAACUAAUAGUAUAUUUUAUUCAAAGACUAAUGAUAGUAGUCUUUUGGGAUUUACAGAUAGUGAUUGGCUGGUGAUACAAUACAAAGAAAAAGUACUUCUGGCUAUGCAUUUUAUUUGGGUUCUGGUGUAUUUUAUUGGUCUUCCAAAAAGCAAUAAGUUGUUGCUUUAUCAACAGCUGAAGUAG